AUGAAUAGAUCUUUUAAUGCAUAUCUUUGGCUUAUGAAUUUGUUCAUUUUGAGUGUGGCAGUAAGGUCCCAACUUACCCCAGAUUUUUAUAAGACAACAUGCCCUGAUCUUUUUAGAAUAGUAAGGAGAGAGGUUCAAAACGCCAUGAAAAUUGAGAUGCGUAUGGCUGCUUCUUUGCUUCGCCUUCAUUUCCAUGAUUGCUUUGUAAAUGGUUGCGAUGGUUCAGUUCUACUGGAUGGAGGCGAAGAUAGUGAGAAAUUUGCGGUCCCUAACCUGAAUUCUGCUAGAGGAUUUGAAGUUAUAGAUGCAAUCAAAAGUUCAGUGGAAAGUGCAUGCAGUGGAGUUGUGUCAUGUGCUGAUAUAUUAGCCAUAGCAGCAAGAGAUUCUGUUCUUCUUAGUGGAGGUCCUUUUUGGUUUGUUCAGCUAGGUAGAAGAGAUGGAAUAGUCUCAAAUGGGACUCUUGCAAAUCUUGCAAUUCCUUCUCCAUUUGACACAUUAAACACCAUCAUUUCCAAGUUUAAUAACGUUGGCCUCAGUCUCAAAGACGUUGUUACUUUAUCAGGUUCCCACACUUUUGGACGGGCAAGGUGUGCUUUUUUCAGCAAUAGAUUGUUCAACUUCUCAGAGACAGGAGGACCAGACAGUACAAUAGAAACGAAUAUGCUAAGUGAAUUGCAAAAUUUGUGCCCACAAAAUGGAGAUGGGAACAAAACUAGUGUGCUAGACCAGAACUCAGUGGAUCUAUUUGAUAAUCACUACUUCAAAAACUUGCAAAAUGAAAAGGGUCUUCUUGGCUCUGACCAGAUUCUGUUUUCAAGUGAUGAGGCUACUGAAACCACUAAACCUUUGGUCCAAUUUUAUAGCGAUAAUGAGAGAAUUUUCUUUGUGGAAUUUGCAUAUGCCAUGAUCAAGAUGGGGAAUAUAAAUCCACUAACUGAUUCUGAGGGUGAGAUUCGGAAGAAUUGCAGAGUAGUUAAUUCUUAA